UCUGCUCCAGUCUGCAAACUCGCUGCAGCUUUUGUUGUUCCAGUCGAGCAGGAGGUCACGCGCAGUCCGAAGCAGUCCGCUCAGCGCACCGCACACAGGACCCCGCACCGCACCGCACCCGCACCGACAAACACUUCUCUCCGCAGUUCAGCUCAAAAACAGAUCCAGCAUCAUGGGGAAAGGCUGCAUGACAGUAACCAAGUACUUCCUGUUCCUCUUCAACCUCAUCUUCUUUCUGUGUGGGGCCGUCAUCAUGGGCUUUGGGCUGUGGCUCCUCCUGGACAAUCAGAGCUUCAUCGUCCUCCUGAACAACACCUCAUCUGUAAAGUUGGCCUGCUACAUCCUGAUUGGAGUCGGGACGUUCUCCAUGCUCAUGGGCUUCCUCGGCUGCUUGGGGGCCAUUUAUGAGAUCCGCUGUCUGCUGGGCCUGUACUUCACCUGCCUCCUGCUGAUCCUCAUCGCUCAGAUAACAGCUGGCGCCCUCAUCUACUUCCAUAAGAACAAGUUGAAUGAAGAGAUGUCCAAGAUCGUCACCAAGGUGCUGGACAACUACCACGGCAACAGCUCCACCGCAGAGCAGGCCUGGGACUUCAUCCAGAGGAAUAUGGCGUGCUGCGGCUGGAGCGGCCACACGGACUGGACUGGUAACAUGGUCAUCACCAACAGUUCCCAGCUGCUGUUUCCUUGCUCCUGCCAGAACAUCUCGCUCGCCACGGGCAACUUCUCCGACACCGGCUUCUGUGAGGCUCAGACGCCAGACUGGCCCAUUUACGAUGAGGGUUGUGCUGCCAGCGUGGAGAGCUGGCUCCUCACCAACAUCGGGGUCGUCCUGGGAAUCUGCCUCGGAGUGGCUUUUGUCGAGCUGCUGGGGAUGAUCCUGUCCAUCUGCAUGUGCAGGAACAUUCACACGGAGGAUUACACCAAAGUGCCAAAGUACUGACGCUCGUCGGAGGAAGUGACCUGGUUGAACUGCAGAAACACGGAAAGAAAAAGAGUGAAAUCGUGAAAUAAUGCAUUUUCCCCCCCUCAACACCUUGUACUUGGUGAAACGUUUUGUUCAAAUGUAAAAUAAUGCGUGUUUGCUUUUAUAUUUUGUUAAACUCCUCUUCUUCUUUUGAGGCACCUCCACCUUUUGCUUCUGUUGGUCCAGUUUCUUUUGGAGCACUUUAUAUAGAGACUUUUUGGAUCAGAGAGAGCGACGCUGAGGAACUUUUCUUUUUUUGGAAAGUAAGAAAUGACGGAUGAGGAGAAAGGAAAAAGUUGUUGUGGUUUUAGUUUCCCUAAAAAAUCUGAAGAGAAAUCAUGUUUAUUGUCUGUGACAGAAGCUUAGUUUGGGAGAUUCUGCACGACAACUGAUUUGGACAAAUCCACCUCGUGUGGUGUGUUUGUUUUUUAAUUUUUUUAAACACCAGCGUCUUGAGUUAUUGUGAAAUGUUUUUCAGUACUUUUGUAUAUAAUUUUAGUCAUAAUUUGUGUGAAUUUAAAUCUCCAAAAAUACUGCCAAUGUUUUAUUUUGUAGCUGGUCUCUCCUUGAAUUUUUAAAAGUCAGUUGUUUUCUUGUCUUUUUUUUUUUUUUUUCAUGUGGAUUUAAUUUAGAAUUUUCUGAAAAUAAUAGAAAUAAUGAGAUACUAAAGAGGAACAUUUAGGAUACUUGUUUUCUAAAAGUAUCACUCCCAACUGUCUUUAAAGACAAAAACAUGAUUUUUGUUUUUUAAAGGUAGCUUUAACCUAAAACAAAAGGUGUUUGAAGAGUGAGAUGUUUCUUUUAACCACUUUUAAAAUAUGUGAACUUUAGAAUUUGAGUAAACGGCGGGGAGAUUUUUGGAGCAGAAGAAAUAUUUUUGGGGAGAUCCGUCUUGGAAACAAAAUUUUGUUUAUACAGAAAAAUCAUUUUGAAAUUCAUUUGUGUACAAUUUUAACUUUCAGCCGAGAUGUCCUGUAGUUUUUAUAAUGUACAAAUCCACAGUCCUGUUUUCUGUUUAUGUACAGUCUGUAUGAAAAACAUUCCCUUAACCUUUUAUAAUAGUUUCUAAGACAAAAAUGGUACGUAUGUUUAUAACUAGAUGGACUUCUGGUAGCGAGCUGGAUUAGUGAGUGUGUACUUACAACAUUCAUUAUAUUUCAUUUUCCCAAUAAACUGAUUACAGUA